AUGCGGCCACACUGCUGGGUGAUGGUGGCGCUGGCGGGGAUCAUGUCGUACUUGAGCCCGGAGAGAGCGCUCGGAGCUCCGCAGAGGGAAGGAGCAGGUCGGAUGGAGCGGAGCAGGAGGCGGCUGCUCGGGCCGCGUUCGGGCGCACAGUGCUCGGGCCUCGCGUCGAAGCCCGUUAAAAACAACAUCCAGAGGCUCCGAGCGGCGGUCAGCGGAGAUAUCGGCUCUAAAAAUAGCCCCCGGAGCCCGUUAACCAGCGCUGGCAUCCUUAUUGUGGCCGAUGAGUUUGACAAUGCGGACGGGGAGGAGUGUUCUGGAGGCUCCAGCCCCAUCCAGGAGGACAGCCUGUCGUCCUGCCCCUCGCUGCCUGAGGUCUACACCCUGCCCGUCAGGGACCGGCCCAGCUGCCCCGCCCUGCAGGACGGACCAGACUCCAAAUCUCAGUGCUUCAAAAGACACACGUUAAACUACCUUCAGGAGAUCGGAAACGGCUGGUUUGGGAAGGUGAUCCUGGCGGAAGUUCUGUGCGACUGCAGCUCCUCUCAGGCUGUGGUGAAGGAGCUCCGGGUCAGCGCCAGCCCCCUGGAGCAGAGGAAGUUCCUGGCUGAGUCGGAGCCGUACAGUACUGAGGGCGACCUGAAGAGAUAUCUGCGAGCACAGCGUAAAUCAGAUGGCAUGACUCCGGACCUGCCGACCCGCGACCUCCUGACCCUGCAGAGGAUGGCGUUUGAGAUCACCUCGGGUCUGCUGCACCUCCACGAGAACAACUACAUCCACAGUGAUCUGGCUUUAAGGAACUGCCUGCUGACCUCGGACCUCACUGUGAGAAUAGGAGACUACGGACUCUCACACAACCACUACAAGGAGGACUACUAUCUGACUCCAGACAAGCUUUGGAUUCCUCUGCGAUGGAUCGCUCCUGAGCUGCUGGAGGAGUACCGAGGAUCUCUGAUCGUCACCGACCAAACCAAGACCAGCAACGUGUGGUCUUUGGGAGUGGUGAUUUGGGAGCUGUUUGAGUUCGGCUCUCAGCCUCACCGACACCUGAGCGAUGAAGAGGUUCUGACCUUCGUCAUCAGGGAGCGGCAGAUAACACUGGCCCAGCCCAGACUCAAGCUCUCCCAUGCAGACUACUGGUAUGAGAUCAUGCAGUCCUGCUGGUUGCCUCCAUCGCAGCGGCCGUCUGUCGCUGAGAUAUUCCUGCUCCUCUCCUCCCUGCUGGCGGCUGAGCGAGGGCUGGCGAGGGGGAGCGUCGGGGAGGAAGAUGAAGAGGAUGAGGAGUACGACGAGGGCAGAGGAAGGAGAGGGGAGAGUGAGGAGUCAUUUGAAAGACGCUGGGACUUACUUCGUCCGCCUGCCUUUCAGACUGCAGCAGCCGAGCGGCAGAGGGAGUACGGCCGGGACGACCGGGACAACUCCUACCCCCUGCUGGACCCCGUUGGGAACUGCAUCACCCCGUCCUCGUCUGAACUCGACGACAUCCUGACCGUCACUGAAACCAGCAAAGGCUUGAACUUUGAGUAUUUCUGGGAGAAGGCUCACGCCAGACGAGGCUACAAGCCGCUCCCUCCCCCUCAGCCGAUACCGACUGUGAACAACAACCACAGGCAGUCCUUGGACACGCCCACUGUGGUACCCGUGAUAAGUGCUCGCAGCCCCUCGCUCGCCAGCGAGUACUACAUUAGGCUGGAGGAGCACACCCCCCAGGACAAGUCGCCGACUCUUAAGUCCAAGUCGUCUUUUCGCUCAGAUUCGAUUUGCCCCGGAGACAUGGAGCUGGUGGAGAUUCGCAGUGGGAUGCUGGGAAAAGAGCGAGUCCCUUAUUGUUCAUCUGAUAAGUGUGGAAAGGGUCUGCAAACAGUCCGAUCGAACGAGAUUCAUAUCCAGGUGCCCAACACCGGCGUGGCCGAGUUUAGGGACACCUCGAGCAGAGUGACCGACUUCUCUGUGGUUGAUUUGGGCGACGACGACGAAGUGGAAAUGAAAAAGAGCAGCGAGGCGGAUAAGAAACCUCAAGCGCCGGUCCUGCCUCCUAAACCUCGCUCUAUGUCCAUGUCGUCGGCCAAUCACCUCCACUCGCGGCCCCUCCCUGCCCCGCCCCUCGGAUACAGAGGCCUGCCUCACUACACCAUUGGAGGGAAAAUCGAGACAGACCCCCUCCACUCCUGUCCGCCGUCCACCUUCGACCACCUCGGGCUCCAUCGAUCCCGUCAGACUCUGCCUCCCUCGCCGUCCCUUUCGCCCUCUUUACCUCCAUCAAGUCAUCCAAUUUACCCCCAGCCUCCUCAGAUGUGCCCCCCUCCACUCCCUCCACACUCCAAACCACAAAGAACCUGUCCCAGCUACAGCACAGCUGACGCCUACUCCAGGUACAGCAAGCCACAAAUGCAGAGAUCCAGCAGAGACCCGCUGUCCUGUGAUCUGUCCGACCGAGACAGUGACACCCGGCAGCAUACGUCUCAUUCACGCCCUAAAGACUUUGACUCUCCUAUUCGCAGGGAAAACCCUCUGCGCCCUAUUUAUCGAAAUCUCCCCCGCCCUCAGCCUAUAAACCCUCAGACUGACCGGCAGUCUUCGUCCAGUCCCACUUACUCGGACGAGGACGACUCUCCCUUCAUGUCGCCCGAGAGACCCAGCGGAGGGACUACCAUCGCUCACUCCAGCCUCUCCGAAGAUGCUGACCCUUCUGCCUCCGAGUUCUUCUCCAGGGGAAUGAAACGAACACAGUCGCGCCUCGACACCAUCUUGCCGGCCAUUUGGAAGGAAGACGCUGAACUCCAGGCAGAACGCAUCGCCGCUGCCAAGAAAUCACCCAUGCACCUGUUUUUGACGGAGAUAUCGAGUGAAGGGAGUGACGGCAAGUCUGAGGCUUCGUGGGAGGCGAAGAAGGAGGAGAAAAGGGACGGAGAGAGAUGGGGGAACUUUGUUUUGCCAAAUAGAGGAGGGAUGAGGCGAUCCCAGUCACUGAUCACAGAGCUGGGCUCAGCAGGACAAACAUGGGGACCAGAGAAACACAACAACCAGACCGCCGCUGAAGACGACGACGCGUUGACUAAAGAGUCAUUCCAGAGGGAUCUUUUCCUCACUGAGAUCGACACGGGAGGGAUGGACUCGGAUCUGGAAGGAGGAUCCGAAAGCGAUCCUGUUAAAUACCUCUAUCCUGCAGGAUCCAGACUGCGUCCUUACGUCUGCGCUCCCGGCCUUCCUUCGUACACCGAAGCCGAAGAAGCCUACUCAAAAGGUAUUCGAAGAUCGCGCUCUCUGCUGUCCGAGAUCACUGUAGAAAAGUCUGAGACCCUUUCGGAGCCACGGAGAACUGAAAUGACAAGAGAGGAGUUCCUGAAGGAGAUUCAGUCAGCGGAGACGUUUCUGACUGAGAUCAUAUCAAGACAAAAUGCAAACAAGAAGGAGACAGAUUCAUCCUAUUCCCCGACCCCGCUGUCCCCAGAGUAUGAGUCCAUAUGCAUCGACCCAAACUCCGCUCAGACCAUCAGAUUCCAGUCUGAGAGCUCUAUACGAGCGUCCAGUAAAGGCAAAGACGACACGCAGACUGAGGCCAUCUACGCCCAAGUUACCAAGCGUGCCAAGAAGAGUGAGAUAAAGGUCUCCAUGAGGCCCGAGAUACCGAUUCUUCACAUAGGAUCGAACAAACAGCCUCCUAAACAGGACAAUGCCGACCACUGCCAGCCGGGUGAGUUUGUGUUUUCAGAAAUCAUGCCCAAGAACGGUUUACUGCACAACCAAAAGCUGUCAUGUCAGAAAGACGAAGAGGAAAGUUCAGAUGGGCCUGCAUUACCUGCCAGAGGAGAGGAUCCGACCGAAGGCUCUCCAACUGAAGACUCCGACACUGUGACGAACAAACCAGUCACUGCAAAUGAAGCUACUGUUAUAGGAAAUGGUGAGAUACUAAAAGACGAUCGACAGGCUGCUGAGAGAGGAGAUCAAAGUUGGGGAAAGGCUGAUGAGAAAGCAGCUGAUCUGGAGAACUGUCAUGACACAAAAAGAGAAAAUUCACUACAGCACAACGAUCAGAAAAACACCCAGAAUGCACCCAGCACUCCGGACUGGGACCCUUCCUCAGACGCCUCCCUGAUCACCCCCGACUCGGUCCUUUCACCGCUGACCUCCAGCUCCGCCGACUGCCUCACACCGAGUGACUCGUGGACAGCAGCAGGAGGCGUAGGAGGAGGAAGCAGCGGGUGGCGGGCGCUAGGAAACGAAACGCCACAUCGGGACUCUGCGUAUUUCUCCGACAGCGACUUUGAGGGCGAUGGGAUGAACAGGAGGAGCAGCGACGGACUCAUCGCCUCGAGGCCGGGCAGCAGUCGAGGAGGAGAUCGGGGGAUACUGAUGGGGAUAGAAGAGAAAACCGAGGAGGAGGGAGAGGCAGGAGAAAAGAGUCCUUUAAGGAAUAAUAUGCACAUUUCAGACAGCAAAGCAAACAGUGUAGAAGGAAGGACUGUUGAGAUCUAUGAGGAGAAAAGUGUAGUUUAUCAAAACGCUCCUGAAAAUCAUUUAGGUAAUAACAAAGGGCUGGAGUCGGCGCAGAGAGACGAUUCAGGCAUUUUCCACGACGUGAUGCGCGAUGAUCCGCAGGCCAAAGACUGCGUUGACCUAAUUGAUAAGUUGUUUUCGAAACUAGAUGAGGAGCCGCUGAAAGGCUUCGUGAUUGACAGCCACUACACAGAUGGCAUCAUUUCUCAGAUAACAGACUCUACAGAGAGCGACUUCAGUCUGCACUCUAAGACAAAUAGUUUGAUCAACUCUGUAUCUGGCAGCAAAGAUCUAGCAAGUGUUACAGAAGCAGACAACCAUCUUGCUGCAUUGAAUUCCCUGAAAUCUGCAGAAGAAACUGCAGAAUUAGAGUCCAGAUUGUCCAAACUGUGUGAAACUGACGACGACGUGAUUAGAGAUGAAACACAGUCAAAUAAAGCAACCAGUGCCUGGGUUGAGCCGGGUGUUGAAAAGCCGAAGAGAUGCGACGAAAAGCCUGGUUUCGACCACAACGAGCUGGGCCUGAGAAACCUCCACUGCUCGGACGGCAGGGAGGACAUCGGCAUCACGGCCGAGACGGAGAAACAGCUGGUUGCCGCCGAGCUGAGCAACGCAAUGAAGGAAAAGUCGCCUCUGAGGGGAGCGUCGAGCAGAACCGCUGUGGAUAAAGACUCCUGCGAGGGCUUGUGGAGCACUCUGGACGACGAAAGACCUGGGGCGGUUCAGGGAGAGUUGGACUGCCACCGUUUUUCACAGUCAAGCGACUUGCGGUUGUGGCCCGAUGAAAAUGACCAGUGGGCCUCUCCGGAGAGGAGGUGCCGAGGAAUCGAGCUGAGAUCGGAGUUCUUCUCAGGGUUUGGUAAUCAUGCCUGGGAGGUCGGGGAGAGGCUGGUCGUGGGUCAGGAGUACUGGGAGAAUGAAGAAAACGAUGAACUUGCAGGAAGCGAGCCUCAUCCUGCCGUCCUGGAGGGCUGUGAAGAAACCUGGAACAAUGAAAGUCAAAGGCUCAGUGGGAACCAUCGAGCAAAGGAAAUGUGGGACUCUAAAGAUGCAGAAAACCACCAGAGUGUAGCAGACGUACAACAAGAGGAAAAUGUAGAGAACCUGCGGGAGAUUGACGGUUUUAGCACAGAGCCAAAAAGAGAACAGUCGGAUGUUGAGGUGGAGAACAUUGAGAUACCAGCGGAGGAGACCUCGGAGCGAGGAGAGAGGCAGAUCUCAUCAGUCGGGGAUGGAGAAGCUCGCCUCGAUUCCACGGAAACAGAGGAGAAUCAGAACUUUAACAGAUGGCCACAGAAUCAACUCUGCAGCAUCCAGAGGGAGGAGAACACUUCAGAUGUGGAGAAUUCAUCAAACGUAUCUAUCUGCAUCACUGAAGCUCCUCGCGUGAACUUCUCAGACCUGGAAAACGUGGAGUCAGGCUUCGAUUCAAAGUCCGAGAUGAGACCGUGGCUCGACAGGCAGUACAUAGAGGAAGGAAUCAGCAUCAUGAAAGUAGAGGAGGAUUUCGGAGAUGUUCCUCUUCCAUCCGACCCCUGUGAUGCCCAGGACGAGAUGGAUCAGUCACAGGCUGACAACUUCAGCUCUGUAGAUUUUCCGAGUCCUCCUCCGAGCAUAGACCUCGAUGUGCAAGAUGAUAAACUGGAGAGUUUAGACGAUUCUUUCCCCAGCCCACCUCCAUCAGUUAUAGAGGCAGAGGACUUUAUUAGUCACAUUAAUCUAGAAGAUUUUAUUGCCGGUACUGAGACAGAGUCGUAUAUUUCCCCAACUUACGCUGCAGAUGUCCCUGAACCACCUCUAGAAGAACCUGCUGCAACUCAGAGUAAAGGGAUCUCAGCCAACCUGAAGCUCCCCUCUGUGCACAUAACACUGACCGACGAGACCAACCUCACCUCCAGCUUAGAAGGUCAGGAUGACCACGAUGACCUGUCCCAGAAAACAUCACCUGCAGCACCUUCUGCACCCCAAGUUCCCCUGAACAACCUCCCAGAACUGCUGAUUUCUGAGUGGAAAGAUUUGGACGAGGAGCCUCUGGAGGACUUUGAAAAGCUGGAACAACUGUGCUGCAUAUCAGGGGAUGAGGAGGAGGACCUUUUCUUGGGGAACCUGGAGCUCCUAGAGUCACUGAAGAAAACACCUGAUCAGAAAGGCAGCAGCGCUGGUGACGAUGAUACAGAGAUAUCUUCUGGUCCUGAGGGCAGCAGGGUGGAUCUGAAGGACGACUCUGAAAACUCUGAUCAGUCGGAUGAAUCUGUACAACCGAUGAUCUGGGACUCCCAAGAGAACCAGGAGGAGAGGAGUGAAGGACGGACCACGUCUGACACCAAGGACCAGGGCUCUCUGUCCAAGAUGACGACCAAGAACGGCCUCAUGAUGCAGGUGUGCGAAGAGCGGCUGCAGUUCUCCCUCAGCGAAAACGUGAAAACAAACGUGCUUUGGGGGUCGACUGUGAAAGACACGGUGACGCUCCGACCGUGGGGGGAACAGGUCGCCGAAAACAGCAGCGAGACGGAACCGAAGGAGGACGAGAGUGACGAGGCGGAGGACGCUGCCACCAGCAAUCAGCUAACGGAGUCUGAUGACACUAAAUCUGAGCCGCUCACUGUGAUUGAACAGCCGGAGGUCACAGCACCUCAACCUACUGCGAACCAGGCCAUGAAAGCGAAGCUGGCUCGUCUCUCCCUCGCUCUGCCUCCUUUGGCUCUCACGCUCCCCCUCACUCCCACCGGCAAGGGAGGGUUCGGCGACGGACCGAUCGGGAACCGGAUCGGCCGACGGAGAGGCCUGUCGUCGAGCAGCGAUCCCGACGAGGAGGAGGAGGACGAGCCGGACGACGAAAGCUCCCGCCGGGUGAUCGUCGUCACGGAGACGGACGUGGACAAGCGCGUCGGGCUGAGGAGUCUGCUGAAGUCGCCGAAGGAGGCGGCGGACAGAGAGAGGGACCGAGGGCGGAACGUGUCCUUCUUUGAUGAUGUCACCAUCUACCUUUUUGAUCAGGAAACUCCAACCAAUGAGUUGAGCUCUUCGACGCCCACGAGUCCGGCCUCGGUGUCCGUCAGAAACACCAAGCUGGACUUACACGGGCCCAACGUCAGGAGCAAAGAGUCGAAGAGGAAAGACGACCUGUCCAUCAAGCCCAGGUCGCCCGUGGGAGCCAACCCGGUGACGUCAUCGCGCUUCACGGUGAGCCCCGCCGACGACCCCCACCUGGUGUGA